AUGAAUAAAUAUAUAAUACAAAAGUAUAUUCAAACCCAAAUAUCUGGUCAAAAUUACAUUUCAAAAUAUCUAAAUAAGAAAAAUGUUAACACACCAAUUUUAACCCAACUUAAUAUGAAAGUUUUAGGAAUUAAUGUUACACAAAAAAUGCAACCAUAUAUUAAGUUAUUUCGAUUACAGCAAAGAACAGGAUAUUGGCUAUUAUAUAUUCCAACUACCUGGAGUAUAGCCAUGGCAUCUUCUACAUGGAUCCCUAAUCUAAAAUUACUCGAAUUAUUUUCUAUUGGUUCAUUUGCUAUGAGGAGUUCUGGUUGUAUUAUUAAUGAUAUAAUUGAUAGAAAUAUUGAUAAUAAGGUAGAAAGAACUAAAACAAGACCAUUAGCAUGUAAAGAGCUAUCAUUAUUUAAAGCUUCUAUCUUAUUAUCUGGAUCUUUAGCAUUAUCUUACAAAAUUUUGACUCAGCUAAAUACUUAUACAAUAUAUUUGGCUCUCCCUAGUGUUGUAAUGGUUCCUUUAUAUCCUUUAAUGAAAAGAAUUACACAUUAUCCUCAACUUUUUCUAGGUUUAACAUUUAAUUGGGGUGUUUUGCUUGGAUGGACAUCUGUUUAUGGUUGUUUAAACCCAUUUCCAUAUAGCUUUAUAUCACCGAUUGCUCUUUAUUUAGCUGCAGCAUGUUGGAGUGUCCAUUAUGAUACUAUAUAUGCACAUCAAGAUAAAUUAUAUGAUAAGCAAGUUGGUGUAUAUUCAACAGCAUUACAUUGGGGUGAUAAUACAAGAGAUAUAUUAAAUAAAAAUUCACUAUUAAUUGGUCUUUUAUUGGUAACUGCAGGCAUUGCUAAUAAUAUGCAGAUCACAUAUUACUGUUCAGUUUUAAUGUUUGUUAAAUCCUUACUAUAUCAGAGUAAACAAGUCAAUUUUAAUUCUCCUGAGCAAUGUCAGAAUGCCUUUUCUCAAAAUAAAUAUUUAAGUACAAUAUUACUUUUUGGAAUUCUUACUUCAAAAUAUUUAUCUAAUAAAGAUAAUUCUAAUGAAACUCUUAAUAUUGAAUAA